AUGUCCGACCAUCCAGAUGAGUUCUUCCUAUAUCAUAAGAUGACAGAUCUCGCCAAAUCACCGAAAAAAUCCUCAAAUGAAGCAGCAGGAUGGGAUAUUUAUGCCGCAGAAACGCAUGAAAUCCUCCCGCAUUCACGAGCUGUGCUCCACGCAGCGGACUAG